AUGGAUUCUGUAAACAAGAUGCUAUAUUUGAAUUUCCCCUUAAAUGAAAUCUCCAUAAAGAAGGAUGAAGGCUUCAAUACAAAUCGUUUACUAUUUAUAAACGAUAUAAAAUUGAUGGCUGAGGAAGAAGAAGUCCGCGAAGACAUAAUUAAUCAAGCAGCUAAGUUUUGCAGCCAUGUAAAUCUUAAAAUUACCCCCCCCCCCAAAAAAAAAAAAAAGU